CCCCGGCUGCUGCUGGGGGCGGCCCUGGCCUUGGGGGGCACCGUCGGCGUCUGGCAGGUCCUGCGGCGCCGCUUCCGCGCCCAGCCGCACCUGGCGGAGCAGGCGGCCGCGGCACAGCUCCCUGAAGGCAGCCUGCAGCUGACGCUCUACCAGUACAAAACCUGCCCGUUUUGCAGCAAGGUCCGCGCUUUCCUGGAUUAUCACGGGCUGCCUUAUGAAAUUGUGGAGGUCAACCCUGUGAUGAGGAAGGAGAUUAAAUUUUCCACGUACAGAAAAGUCCCCAUUCUCCUUGCCAGUGCAGGGAGUGACCUGCAAUUGAACGACUCUUCGGUGAUAAUCAGUGCAAUUAAAAGCUAUCUUGUCUCCAGGAAGAGUUUGGAAGAGAUAGUGUCAUAUUAUCCUGCCAUGAAAGCCGUGAACGAGCAGGGCAAGGAGGUGACUGAGUUCUGCAACAAAUACUGGCUCAUGCUGGAUGAAAAGGAGACGUUGUUCGUUUAUCCCGCGAAGGAUGCGAGAGCGGAAGAAAUGAAAUGGAGGAAGUGGGCGGAUGACUGGCUGGUGCAUCUCAUCUCCCCCAACGUUUACCGUACGCCUGGCGAGGCCUUGGCCUCCUUCGAUUACAUCGUGCGAGAGGGCAAGUUUGGCCUGCUGGAAGGCUUCUUCGCCAAGUAUGUGGGGGCCACUGCCAUGUUCUUCAUUAGCAAGCGGCUAAAGAAAAGGCACCAUCUGCAUGAUGAUGUCCGGGACGAUUUGUAUGCGGCAGCCAACGACUGGGUGAAAGCUGUCGGCAAGCACAGGAUGUUCAUGGGAGGAAACCAGCCGAAUCUUGCAGAUUUGGCCGUGUACGGCGUCCUGCGCGUCAUGGAAGGCCUGGAAGCGUUUGAUGACAUGAUGGCGCACACGAAGAUCCAGCCCUGGUACUGCCAGAUGGAGGCGGCCAUCAGGCAAGCUAAAGCCACCAAGUGACAUGCAGCCGCCGGAGAGCCCUUCUUGCCCGUCGCGGAAGACAAGGUGGCAAAGGGGAGCCGUUGGAUUUAAAAGCAACUAUGCAGCCCUGGCUGAAAGGGGCACCCGUCACAGCGUUUGCCCAGGCUUUGAGAAAAGCCAGAAAGCAACAGAGGAAAGAUGCAUGGCAGCUGUUCAGAGAAAGUAUUAAGGGUGUCAUGCGCAGCAGGUAAAUUUUGAUUUAAGGAGGCGAGGAACUGUGAGCGGUGUAUCUCUGCAGCCAUUUGGACUGCUUUGCUGGCUAAGAGGUCCUUUCCCUUGGCAAUUUGAUUGUGUUUUCAGGUGUCUAACCCCCCCGCCCCAAAAGUCUUCCUCGUCGAUUGGACAUUCUGCAGAAAACAUUUCUGUGGUCUUGAAAGCAAUGGCAGUAGGCCUGUGGCAAGGGAGUGGUGCCGGUGUUGGGAGAGGGGCUGAUAUUUCUUGGAUAUAGGAAGCAUGUCUUACUCCGCGGGGUGAGUGGGUCUAACAAGGCGCUUUUGCUCUCAAUCUCGGACUGUCUGAGCUUCGGUCUUUGGCCUGCCCGUUGCAUUUGGGACCUCACUGUUACCAGCUGGGGGACCCCAAAGAAACAAUGCAAACUGACAAGGUGUUGUUAUGAAACGGAUAUUUUAAAAAAUGUGUGGGGCUUACAUUUUUGAAAUUGUGUUUCUUAUUCUAUAGCAUCCUCAUCAUCUGAAGUAAUUCUAGGAAGAGUGAAAUCUAGUACAUCAAUAUACUGUCAAAAAGUAUUGCAAAAUUCCUAUUCUAAAUGCUAUCUCUAGUUAAGAAUAACAUUGAAAACGUGACAUGCAUUUCACACACUGCAAGUCCUGUGCCAUCUUGAUUUCUGUGUGGCACUGCCUUCUGGGUAGAAAUUUUGUAGCUUGUAAAGCACUCUAAGCACUUAGAAGGACAUCUGGAAAGUAUGAACGCAAACCAAUGUAUAGGUCAAAACUUUUUUUUUUACCAUGGGGAAUCUCUGGAAAUUGUAGUUCUGGGAGACAUGCACCACUAUGCUGAGAAAACUCUAGUUACCUUGGCUCUUGGCUUCUUGUGGUGGGGUAGCUUUCUAUGCUGGCUUCUUCUGGUGUAAGCAAAUGGAGAACUGCGGCUUAAUUUUGUUUGUUCAUUUGGUUCUUUUCAUCAAGAAUUCUUUCUCCAUCCUUCCUUCUCCCACCCCUGUAAAAGGCUCCUCCUCCACACCUCACUGAUUAAUUUGGAAGCAAAUUCUGCUAACAUCAAAGAUAACCUCUUCCAUAUAAUAUGUGAUCUGUGGGUGUUUACUUCCCGUGGGGCUUGAGUCUUGUGCAAGUUCUUUCCAGGGUUUGCCUGGCAUUCGUGGCAGGAACCAAUCGCAUAGGGGCAUUGCUAGUUUCUGAUGUAGAACUUUGCACUAAUUGUGGAAGAAAGACAGCUCUCUCUCUCUCUGAUCCUCCUUAAACUUGUAUGCUGCCCAGUCUGCACAAGGAUUUCAGAAAUAAAGGAUCAAGGAAAUGCAGUUUUUCUGUCUGGAUCGCAAGCGGGAGAAACAAUAUUUGCAAUAAAUGGAUUUUGCUGCUCUUC